GCUUGAAGAGUUGGGAGGUUUUAUCACUUUAUCCCUUUCCACCCGCUCAAAAUUUCUGCUUCUCUAUCCGUCGUUCCUUCAGGAGAAAUAGAGCCGAAGUACGUUAACAAUGGCGGUUUCCAUAUCAGCUCUCACGUCCUCCUUCUCCUCUCUCUCAUUUACCUCUCAAAUUUCUCAGAGACCAAACGGCCUCAUUUUUCCUCGAUCGAAAUCUCUCUCUAUUUCAAUCGCGCCCAAGCCGACAACCUUCACUAUAUCUGCCUCGGUGGCUUCGCCUCCGGAGUUGGAGACCAUGGACCUCAAGAAGCUUGUGAAAUCGAGGCUCCCUGGAGGCUUUGCGGCCCAGCCAAUCAUCGGAACCGGUCGUCGUAAAUGCGCUAUUGCACGCGUCGUUCUACAGGAAGGCAACGGGAAAGUAAUCAUCAACUACCGUGAUGCCAAGGAAUAUCUGCAAGGUAAUCCAUUAUGGCUUCAAUACGUGACAGUCCCGUUGGUAACUUUGGGAUAUGAAAGUAGUUAUGACGUAUUUGUCAAGGCCCAUGGGGGUGGCCUCUCUGGACAGGCUCAGGCAAUUUCCCUUGGCAUUGCUAGAGCACUGUUAAAGGUGAGCGAGAACCACAGAGUACCUCUGAGAAAGGAAGGGCUUUUGACCAGGGACUCAAGGGUGGUGGAGAGGAAGAAGGUCGGCCUGAAGAAAGCUCGUAAAGCGCCGCAAUUCUCCAAACGUUGAGGUUGGAGUUUUACCUAAUUAUUUAUCACAUUUUUGGAGUUUGCUCUCCAAGCAUCUUGGAAAAUCAGUUAGCAACUUAGCAAUACUGUCACUGAAAAGAUGUUGCUUUAACUUGUAUAUCUCUCUGUUUUGUUGUGCAUAUAGAAGAGAAAAAUUAUGUAUUGUACUUUUGGUUCAGAUGGUAAUGAUCUGUUGGAUACUUGGAUUGCUCAUGUCGGAUCCUAGAUACAUAACGGAUUAAUUGAUAGAAUUUAUUGGUAAA